CUCUGCUCGGCUCCCAGCUCCCUCCAUUGCCACGCACCAUGUCACCCUCCUCAUCUCUUCUUCUAAACCCCCAAACCCCUCCCAAACUCUUCCCUCUCUUCCCCACACACCUACCUCCCCUUUCCCUCUCAUGCCCCAAAUCUACGAUAAAGUUCCGUUGUAAACUCCACUCCCAUCCACUCUCUCUUCCCUCCCUCCAAAACGACGACGUCGAGGACAUCGUCAUUGGCGACUGCCUCGUCUUCGAAGAAGGCGCAUUCGAGGACCCCUUACUCCAACAAGACGUUGUUUCUGAGACCCCCAUUCCCGCUAAGCCAAACAAACACAAGCACAAGAAACCCAUCCCGGAAAUCGAGCCCGAGAACCUAAUCCCGGACCAGUGGCACCAAAUCCAGGCGGAGAUCAACAUCACCAAGAAAGAACGGCGCAGGAUCGCUCAAAAAUUGGAGUUCGGCAGCAAAGUGGAGAAGAGGAAGAAGGGAUACGAGCCCAUUAGGAACGUGAAUUUGAAGGAGUAUUUGGAGUUGAAACAGGCCAAGUUGGCGCAGGUAAAGCCGCUCGUGCUCGAUAACCCGUCGCGGUUUCCGGUAAAGGAGGAUAAAGAAGGUGAAGUGAACGCGUCGAGUCAGCGAGUGGUGCCCAAGAACCCCAGGUGGGCAGUGUACGGUAGGGGCUUGGAGGACGUGACGGAGUUCUUCAACAGUGGGAAUUACGAGCCCGGUGAAAAUAAAGCCUCUGAAGGCCGUCGUAAGUUGUUUACUAAGGAGGAAAAGUUUCUGCUGACUAGGAAGAAACCUGAUGUGGCAGCUGCUACCUCUGAAAAGUGGCUACCUUUGCAUACUCUUGCUGCAUCAGGAGAGUUCUACCUCAUGGAUGUUUUAUUGAAGCAUAAUGUUGAUAUCAAUGCUGCAGAUAAGGAUGGUUGGACUGCUCUUCACAAAGCAAUAAUUGGAAAAAAGCAGGCUAUUACAAACUAUCUU